AUGGAGUGUGGCGGAGGCAAGUUGACACCCAACCUCCUGAUGGCUGUUGGGACAGCCGUGAUCGGCUCGCUCCAGUUCGGUUACAACACCGGCGUCAUCAACGCUCCUCAGACUAUCAUUGAGGAAUUCUACAACGAGACAUGGAGCCACAGGUUUUCGGAGCCCAUUCCUCAAACCACUUUAACGGCUCUGUGGUCGCUCUCCGUCGCCAUCUUUUCCGUUGGAGGAAUGUUUGGCUCGUUCUCCGUCGGCCUCUUUGUCAAUCGCUUCGGCAGGAAGAACUCCAUGCUCAUGGCCAACGUGUUGGCCUUCAUCGCUGCUAUAUUUAUGGGCUUCUCCAAGCUGGCUGCUUCCUUUGAGAUGCUCAUCGUCGGACGGUUCACCGUGGGUCUCUACUCUGGCCUCUCCACUGGCUUUGUGCCCUUGUAUGUUGAGGAAAUCUCACCCACGUCUAUCCGUGGCGCGUUAGGCACUCUGCAUCAGCUUGGUGUGGUCAUUGGCAUCCUCAUUGCACAGAUUUUUGGGAUUGAAUCCAUCAUGGGGAACGCCUCCCUGUGGCCUCUGCUGUUGGGUUUCACGGUGCUGCCAGCCGUGCUGCAGUGCGCCCUGCUGCCCUUCUGUCCCGAGAGUCCUCGAUACCUCCUCAUCAACUGCAACGAAGAGAGCAAAGCCCGCAGUGUCUUAAUGAAGCUACGGGGCACAGAUGAGGUGAGUGAGGACAUGCACGAGAUGAAGGAGGAGAGCGAGAAGAUGAUGAGGGAGAAGAAGGUGACCAUCCCUGAACUGUUUCGUUCCCCCGCCUACCGCCAGCCCAUCUUCGUGGCCAUAAUGCUGCAGCUGUCACAGCAGCUCUCUGGUAUCAAUGCUGUGUUUUACUACUCGACUGGGAUCUUUGAGCGAGCAGGUGUGUCCCAGCCUGUCUACGCUACCAUUGGUGCAGGAGUGGUCAACACGGUCUUCACAGUCGUUUCUUUGUUUGUGGUGGAGCGUAUGGGCAGGAGACCCCUUCACCUCAUUGGUUUGAUGGGAAUGGCAGUUUCAGCAAUGUUUCUGACUGUUGCCAUGGCAUUGUUGGACCAGCUCAGAUGGAUGUCCUAUGUCAGCAUUGUGGCCAUCUUCAGUUUUGUGGCCUUUUUUGAAAUCGGCCCCGGCCCCAUCCCCUGGUUCAUCGUGGCUGAGCUCUUCAGUCAGGGCCCUCGGCCCGCUGCCAUUGCAGUUGCUGGUUUCUCAAAUUGGUCUGCCAACUUUUUGGUGGGAAUGGGCUUCCAGUAUGUUGAGCUCCUCUGUGGCCCUUACGUCUUCAUCAUCUUCAUCGUCCUGCUGCUUGGCUUCUUCGUCUUCACCUACCUGAAGGUGCCAGAAACCAAAGGACGCUCCUUUGAUGAGAUUGCAGCAGGUUUCCGCCAGUCAGCUGGUGCAGGCGCUGACAAAUACUCAGCCCCCGAAGAGUUCAGCACCCUCAGGGGUGACGACCCAGACCUCUGA